AUGAAAUUGCAACAAAUUGAAAGAGAAAGCGUGACGAAUGAUGAUCUACGCAUUUCGCUUUGCGAAACCGCAAAAAACUCGAGUGUAACAACGGCGAUAACCCAGAUAAACAUGAACGCGCAAUUAAAUGAGGUUCAUAAGCCGGUUGAAGACGCCGUCGCUGAAAAUAUUAUAAUCAAUCCAAAAAAGGCGAAAUUCGCUGGAAAUAUUGACAAUAAAAUGAAAGCGAAGAAAGUUAGCAGUCAAUUGGAUGAUGAAUUACGAAAAGCAAUGGAAGAAAAAGCAUCGAAUACAAAUAUACCAGCGAAUAAUAAGAGAUUAAGGGUCAAAAUCAAAGAAUCUAAAUGCAAAGUUUAUGCAACGAACGACGAAUCGACCGAGGAGGAGCAAAGUGUUAAUGAAAAACGAAAAGUUUCUACUUAG